AUGGCUCCAACCCUCGUUUCAUCACCGCCCACUCUCCGCAUCAACCCCGAACCUCUCACGCCGCAAUCGUUCGCCCCCUUCGGCACCGUCAUCACAACCCCAUUCCCACGAGACCUACUCGGCGCCCCUAACAAUCUCCCAUCUCUCAAACUCCCUCACCGCGUCCCCGCUACACCCGUCUAUGCAAACCAAGGCUCAGCCGUGAAAAUCAGUCCCAUCGCCCCACUAGCCAACGGCUACGAGAAUGUCUGCCCAAGCGGUAAAGCAGCACAAGCUCGGCUGAGUAUGUUCGCCUGCUUUCCUCGGAAAUUAAGAAGGGAGAGACAGAGUGCUCAUCGACUUGUUGAGCAUUCAUUGAAGCACAUCAACAUCAAUGAACAGCAAGAUGAGGACAAUGAUUUUGAGGGGCCUGUAUUCGACGUUCGAAUUCUGGAAAGACAUCCAUAUACCACUCAGACUUUUAUCCCACUCGAUUUAUCGAGCCAGAGACGUGUUUUGCGGGAUCGGGUACCAGAUAAGAAGAGUCAUGACUGGAAGGGAUACGGAGAAGGAGAUGUCAGUAUAACACUAGACGGAUCAGCGGAACAAGACGAAGAACAGGAAGAGCCCAUGUUCUUAGUCAUUGUUGCGCCGACAUUGAAGGGCCAGUCUGCUGCUGCUACUACAUUGUCUUCCUCUGAUUCUACGAAUUCUUCUUCAUCAUCGAUUGCGACGCUCUCCGAUCCCGUGAAUGAGGGUAGCGCGGACUCAAAUCGCGUAUUGAUUCGUGACCCACCCGACCUCGAAAAUCUAAGAGCCUUUAUUGCCCGUGGUGGUCAGGCAGUUACCUAUGGACCAGUUUUGGGUCCACGCCGGAUAGAUUUUGUGGUUGUUCAGUAUGUUAAUGGUGUUGAUGACGAGGAUUGCCAGGAGGCCGCUUUCAAAGAUGGGAUUGUGGUUGACGUUAAAUCUUUGACGGAGGAGGAGGAUGAGCUUUGGAAUGAUUUGAAAAAGUUGUCUAAAUUGUGA